ACAACUUACAUUUGACAGAAUAGAUCAGCUUACUAUACAUUGCUAUGAUAAUGCUAUUGCAGAAAGAAAAGAAGAACGUAAAAUGAAAGGAACAAUUCUAAUAGGAGUAUCUGAACAGCAACUUCAUUCUAUGCAAGAUUAUCUCAAAGCAUUAAAUAUGAUAUUAAAUUAUAAUAAAGAAAUAGAUAAUAUAAUAAAGCAAGCUUACCUUUUAGAUUAUCAUAAAUAUUCAGCUUUUUGUGAAAUGUUUUCAACUACUCACCAAUAUCCAUAUACACCACAAGAUUUAGAAUUUCUAGCUGACAAAACUUCUCUUUUUCUUCUUUUACAAUUUCAAAAUAUUUGUAAAAACAACAAAGAGAUAAAUUCAGUUAGCAAUGAGCCACCACCUUCAAAAAAACAACGAAUAAAAAAAAGAAUGACUCAAAAUACUUAUAAACUUCCUACUUUUGGCAAAGUAGACCUAACAAGCAUGCUAACAGGAUAUAGUACUCCAUUCCCUCCUUCUUCCAAUA